CGUCAGAGAAAUUGAACUUUUUGAUAAUUACGUGUUUAAAAGUUAGCGCAAAAAAGAUCAGUUCCAAAAAAAGAUAAACACGCUCUGCUCGAAAUAAAUUUUUGUGAAUUAUAACUAGAGCCGAGUAAUUCAGCUCGUAUUCAAUUACCAAUUACUUAUCGAUAGAAAAACGAAAAACAUUUUUUGUCCACGUCAAACGGGUGACAAAAGUGAUUUGCAAGUAUUGUGUAUGUGUGUGUUGUGUGUGAGCUAAGUUGAGCGAGAAAUAAAGAGAGAAAAUAAAAUACGAAAAAGAAAUACUAGAAAAUUAGUGCGACGAGAAUAUUUAGAAAAAAUUACUUUUCUUCUGUGCGGUUUUAAGGAAAAUAUUGUAAAUUAACAUCCCAAAUUCCCACAACAACACAAUAACAACAAUGUCAGCUGUAAACCCAGAAUAUGAUUAUCUCUUCAAACUGCUCUUGAUCGGCGAUUCAGGUGUUGGAAAAUCAUGUCUUUUGCUCAGAUUUGCCGACGAUACAUACACAGAGAGUUAUAUCAGUACAAUUGGUGUAGACUUUAAAAUCAGAACAAUCGAAUUAGAUGGAAAAACUAUCAAGUUGCAAAUCUGGGAUACUGCCGGUCAAGAACGUUUCCGCACCAUUACUUCAUCUUAUUAUAGAGGCGCUCAUGGUAUUAUUGUCGUUUACGAUUGUACGGAUCAAGAAUCUUUCAACAAUGUCAAACAAUGGCUGGAAGAAAUCGAGCGAUAUGCCUGUGAGAACGUGAACAAAUUGUUGGUGGGCAACAAGAGCGAUCUAACGACCAAGAAAGUUGUUGAUCACACCACAGCUGCGGAAUAUGCAAGCCAGUUGGGCAUUCCAUUCCUUGAAACUUCAGCCAAAAGCGCCACGAAUGUUGAACAGGCCUUCAUGACAAUGGCUGCAGAGAUUAAGAAUCGUGUUGGACCCCCAUCCAGCGCCACUGAAAACACUAGCAAAGUUAAAAUAGAUCAAGGGCGUCCAGUGGAGAAUACCAAGUCCGGUUGCUGCUGAAUAACUUCUACUCCCCAACUACUUGUGAAUCAUUAUUUUAUUAUAAUAUAUAAAAAAAGAAACCAACAACAACAAGAAAACCAACAAACAGUAAAAAUAUAAUAAAUUCAAAAAACUGAAAACACAAACACACAUUCAUAACGAAUAAUAAUAAUAAUAAUAAUAACAACAACAAUAAUAAUAAUGAUUGGUACAAGCAUCAUAAUUAAACUAUUGGAAGCCUAAAACAAUAGUUGACUUGCAAAUUCAAAGAUAAUGAUCGUAAUGAGGAGAGAUUUUCUCCAGCUAUCUGAAGAGUGACUUCCAUUCAUAGCUGGCGAUAUGGAUGUGACUGGUGGUCGAUUCUUUACAUAUGUAUUUUGAUGGACACAACAACAUGAUAUAUAAGAUUAUUUUUUAUUUUAAACAAAAUGUGUAGUAGCUAAAUACAACCAACAACAACAAAAUAAUAUAUAUACAUAAAUGAUAAAAGGAGGAAACAACACAGACACAUACACCAAUUCAAUAAUUAAGGACAGGAGGUUACAGUUUUAAAAGAAAACUCUAGCAUAAGUUUCUGCAUUACAAUAUUUUUAAAUCUUUCUUUAGAGAUUCUUUAAUAGACGUCCCCAAUCUGCACUCUCAAUACAACUCCAACUGUGUGUGUGAUAUUGUCAGAUGCUAUUUAAAGGCCUUUUGGGUGUUGUUUCAUAUUCACUAUAAUUUUACACUUCCUUCCGUCUACAGCAAUGUCGUGUUUUUUUCUAUUCUUUUUUCUCCAACGCUAUCCCUACUAUUAAUAAAUUGCGAUUCUCUUAUUUUUUAAUAAUAAUUUGUGAUGUGUAACAAGUAUUUACAUUAAAAACCAACGUACGUUCAUUUAAAACAAAAUAAAAUUAGUUUUAGUGUUUUGUUUCUUCUUCGGCUUCCUUGAGUCCUGUCUUUUGGUUUCUAAGCACCAAUUUAACUAGCUCUCGUUGUAAUUAGAGUAAUUACUACCAACAUUUUUUAGUUUACCGAAAGCAAAAACAAAAAAAAUAACCAAAUUAUAAGAGUGAAUGCGGAAGAUUCGAAUUAGGAACAUCCAGACGAAAUUAGGUAACAAUACAAUAGCAAAAGCAAAAUACCUACCUUAGUUUGCAACGUAAAAACAAAACACACUUAUACAUAAUUACAAAUAAUUAUUCUCUGAAUAUAUAUAAAAAAUAGAUCGUAAAAACAACAACAACAAAUCGAUUAUAUAUAUUUAAUAUACAUUUUCAAAAUAAAACACAGUAUGUUUUCUUUAUCCUGGUAUCGAUGCUUUCAACCAUUACAAUGUUACCGAGUAGUAGGACUUUUUUCUUUCUUUUGUUCCAUUCCUUGCUCCUGCAUGCAUGCGUACGUACGUACGUACCCUCCAACAAAUUCUUUUGUCUUUCACAAAUGAUUUAUUCUUUUUUUUAUAAUUUUAUAUUUUAAAUAAGGGUUCAAAUAAAAUAUAUAAGAAGUAUUUAAAAACAA